GCACCUCCGAGCUGGUAGCUCUAAUUUCUUCUCACCUUUCUGCUGAUCAGUUCCAAGUGUUUGCUCCCCAGAAGGUCAUCUAGGGUUAAAGAUGUGUGAUCAGACCUUUCUAGUUAAUGUAUUUGGCUCCUGCGACAAAUGUUUCAAACAAAGGGCUCUGAGACCAGUGUUCAAGAAAUCUCAACAGCUCAGCUACUGUUCAGCAUGUGCAGAAAUUAUGGCCACGGACGGGCUGCACGAGAACGAGACGCUGGCAUCGCUGAAAAGCGAGGCCGAAAACCUCAAGGGCAAACUGGAGGAGGAGCGGGCCAAGCUGCACGACGUGGAGCUGCACCAGGUGGCGGAGCGGGUGGAGGCCCUGGGGCAGUUUGUCAUGAAGACCAGAAGGACCCUCAAAGGCCACGGGAACAAAGUUCUCUGCAUGGACUGGUGCAAAGAUAAGAGGAGGAUGGUGAGCUCGUCACAGGACGGGAAGGUGAUCGUGUGGGAUUCCUUCACAACUAACAAGGAGCACGCGGUCACCAUGCCCUGCACGUGGGUGAUGGCGUGUGCCUACGCCCCAUCGGGAUGCGCCAUCGCGUGUGGUGGCUUAGAUAAUAAGUGUUCCGUGUACCCACUGACAUUCGACAAAAAUGAAAACAUGGCUGCCAAAAAGAAGUCUGUUGCUAUGCACACCAACUACCUGUCGGCCUGCAGCUUCACCAACUCAGACAUGCAGAUCCUGACGGCCAGCGGCGAUGGGACAUGUGCCCUGUGGGACGUGGAGAGCGGGCAGCUGCUGCAGAGCUUCCAUGGGCACGGGGCCGACGUGCUCUGCUUGGACCUGGCCCCCUCGGAAACAGGGAACACCUUCGUGUCUGGGGGAUGUGACAAGAAAGCCAUGGUGUGGGACAUGCGCUCCGGCCAGUGUGUGCAGGCCUUUGAGACACAUGAAUCUGACAUCAACAGUGUCCGGUACUACCCAAGCGGAGAUGCCUUCGCCUCAGGGUCUGAUGACGCUACGUGUCGCCUCUACGACCUCCGGGCAGACAGGGAGGUGGCCAUCUAUUCCAAAGAGAGUAUCAUAUUUGGAGCAUCCAGCGUGGACUUCUCCCUCAGUGGUCGCCUGCUGUUUGCUGGAUACAACGAUUAUACCAUCAAUGUCUGGGAUGUUCUCAAGGGGUCUCGAGUCUCCAUCCUGUUUGGACAUGAAAACCGUGUCAGUACUCUCCGAGUUUCCCCUGAUGGGACUGCUUUUUGCUCAGGGUCCUGGGAUCACACCCUACGGGUCUGGGCUUGAUCAUCUCCUCACAAUACACACUUAGAUACCCGAGGCUAGAAUUUGAAAUCAUCACGUAAAUAGAGCCGACUUUUAGAGGAUGUGAGAGUUUAUCGCACCUCCGCUCCGGAGAGCCACUCCACGGCUGAAAGUUCACCAAACAUCUCCAGUGUCACUAUUAAAACCGCCACCCCUGGGAAAUGCCACUGAGAGCCUUCAGCACCAGGAGAGCACCUUCAAGUACAGUGUUUUUGGUUUGUUUCGUUUUCAUUUUGAACACUUUUUAAAACCUAUUCAUUUUUAAGAUUAUUCUUAAUUAUACUACUCUCAACUGAUUCUGUUACCCACAGAAUUUAGCACUUAAUAUAUUUCGUGUUAUUUGCUUGAAUUGAAUUUGUCUUCAGAGCCCCUUCAAGUCUGGUUUCCCUCCGUGUGCACUGCGACCUCGGGGGCCUCCCCUGGAAGCGCUGAGGCCGGUGGGCUGGGUGAGGAGGACCCUGCUAACCUAGGUCCAUUACAGAAGGAAGUUCCAUUUUAUCCAGAUGUAAUUCGACAAAGCCACUUUUUUAAACGCGUUUUUAUUGUGAAAGUAUCUUUUCCAGUCUGCGUCAUCCUGUCCUUUUCCAGAUGAAAGAUUUUCACCUGUGUGAACUGUUAGGCAUGAAGCACAGACGGGCCUGAAAUGGACGCGGGGAGUUUGGUUUACGAAUUACGUGAUGAUUGACAUGAGUGUUGGCACCUGGCCGAGCGUUUUCUUCCGAGGGAAAAGCCGAGUGUCGUUCCUGACACAAAGGCUUCUCAGAGCAACCAGACCCUUUCUGUGUGGGGACACGGGACAGUCAGCUUGUUUAGAGACCUAUCAGCAGUGCUAGACGCAUCAGGAGGAGCCGUCUCCCCCAGCUGCAGUAGCCCUCAUGCAUGUCCACUGCACUCAUUGCAUUGAGGGUAAUUGCAUAUACAAAUUAAUUGAUAGAUGUCAAGCAAUGAUGUUUUUGUGUUAUAUUGAAAAAAUAACAUAAAAGAUAGCUUGUCUUUAUUUGACAUUCAGCAGUUCCUUCUAGAAGAUACCGAGUGCUUUUAUUUAUAGGAUCCCUUCUUUUCCCUUUUGUUGUUGUUGUUUUGUUUUUAAAGGUAUAGAGGCUUAUUCUUUGUUUUAGAAAAUCCCUUACUCAUAAAGAUGGCAUGCAUUACGGAAGAAAAAAGUCACCUCAGGUACCCAAAAUCAUUCCCGGGUGAGGCGUGGCCCAGGGUCUGCGGCCCUGGCCCUGGGGCGCCCGAGGGCUGCGUGUGCUGAGUCCCCUGGUUCUCUGGUCCGCCCCCAGCCCUGCUGCAGCCUGGCCUUCUCCUGGGGCUAGUUCUGGCUGACAGGCCCAGCCCCAGGUCUGCUGCUCAGAGACCCUUGCGGAGCUGGAACUGGAGCCAGCACAGCCAUCGAACAGGCCUGGACCCGGCACUCCUGAAACCUCACGGGGGUGCCAGGACAUCCCUCGGAACUACUUGGUUAGGUAUCAUCAUGGGCCAGUCAGUCGAAAAUCAGCCAAGCUAUCUUUUCCUCAGUUUUUAAAAAAUAAACAAAAUGGUUAUAUUCAGUGACUUCUGAGGGUUUUAGUAUACAGGAGGCCCUGGCGAGAGGAAGAAAUAUACAAGGCGCCUGUUUGCCUGUGAGGACCCCAGAGGGACCGUUUCUCAGUCACCUGCCCUUUCCCCCACAGGACCCAUUUGGGCCGGGGCUCAGGAAAAGGCCCCACGCCCCUGGUCUCCUGUCACGGCCUCCCCUUCCCUCUCCCACAGGCCCUUUCCAGCCUCUGCAGCAAAGGAAGGCAGGACAAAGGGAGAGUCACCUCCCUUUAGACCGAGGGACAGCAACGUCCAGCUGUGUGUUUGGAGAGGCGGAGCGCAUCUUCGGUAUGUGCACAAAAAAGGCCACAACUUUUCAGUUAAAAAAGCGACUUUAAGGGCCCUAAGAAAGUAUUUUGUAGAAUACUUACCCCACGGGCAGUAAGCCACCUCCCUUACAAGUAUUUCAUCUCACAGUGGGUGUCGUUUAGUAUAUAUGGAUGACAACUUGGUUGGGAAUACACUAUACCAUGUGGAGACUCAGAGGUAAACUCCAAGUAAUAAAUUGUAUUUUGCAUAUCGA